GCAAUAAAAUAAUUCAUUUGUUAAACUAUAUCUCACCUUACUCUUCACACCUCCACCAUUAUAUAUAUAUCCUAUUGUACCUAAGCUAGCUACUUAGCAAGUUCGCAAAAACACACACAAACACAAACACAUAUACAUAUACUUUUCUUCUUAGUGUUUGUUUUAAGUAUACAUAAAUUCAUGUCUGGGGUUUGGGUAUUUAAGAACGGGGUGGUGAGGCUAGUAGAGAACCCUGGAGGUGAGGGGGGUGAGAAUAGUGGAAGGAGAAAAGUGCUUGUUCACACCCCAACCAACGAAGUUAUCACUUCCUAUUCUAUGUUGGAACGAAAGCUAUCCUCUCUUGGUUGGGAACGCUACUAUGAUGACCCUGAUCAUCUGCUUCAGUUCCACAAACGCUCCACCGUGUACCUUAUCUCUCUUCCAAAGGAUUUCAACAAGCUCAAGCCCAUGCACAUGUAUGACAUUGUCGUUAAGAACAAGAACUAUUUCCAUGUUAGGGACAUGUAGAUGUUGAAGAAUCAUAUAUAUGUAGGUAAUAAUAAGGUAGGGUUUGGUUCGUGUGGUUGGUUGGUGAGGAUAUUGGUGUCUUUUACGUACGUGUAUGAUGUGCUGCUGUGAAUUUUUAGGUCAUUUGUAAUCAAAAUUGGGUUUUUUUUUUUUUAUAAUUCUAUAUUUGUGUGCAAAUGUUUGUAUGUUCUUAUUUUUAUUACUGUUUAA